CCGUCCAGCUGCCAACGGGAACACGGAUUCCCUGCACCUCCUGAUCGACAGCGGCGAGCGUGCCGACAUCACCGACGUCAUGGACAUCCACGGCCAGACCCCGCUGAUGCUGGCCAUCAUGAACGGCCACGUGGACUGCGUCCACCUCCUGCUGGAGAAGGGAUCCACGGCCGACGCCGCCGACAAGAGGGGCCGCACCGCGCUGCACCGAGGGGCCGUGACAGGCUGUGAGGAUUGCCUGGCUGCUCUGCUGGACCACGAUGCCUUCGUCCUGUGCCGGGAUUUCAAGGGCCGGACCCCGAUCCACUUCGCCUCGGCCUGCGGCCACCUGGAGGUGCUGCGGACGCUGCUGCAGGCCGCGCUCUCCACGGACCCGCUGGACUCGGUGGUGGACUACAGCGGCUACUCGCCCAUGCACUGGGCUUCUUACAGUGGGCACGAAGAUUGUCUUGAAUUGUUACUUGAACACAACCCGUUUGCGUACCUAGAAGGAAACCCCUUUACUCCAUUGCACUGUGCAGUAAUUAACAACCAGGACGGCACUGCUGAAAUGCUGGUGGAAGCAUUAGGUGCCAAGAUUGUUAAUAGCAGAGAUGCCAAAGGAAGGACACCCCUUCACGCUGCUGCCUUCGCAGACAACGUCCAUGGUUUACAGCUGCUGCUGCGCCACCAGGCCGAGGUGGACACCCCGGACAAGCUGGGCAGGACCCCCCUCAUGGUGGCUUCAGAGAACGGGCACACGGCAGCAGUGGAGUUCCUGCUGUUCCAAGCGAAAGCGAAUAUUACUGUGCUGGAUGUCAACAAGAACACAGCUCUUCACCUGGCCUGCAGCAAGGUGGGGAUAGGGUUAGGGUUGGGUCACACCCCAGCUCUGGCCUGUGCCCCCAACAAGGACGUGGCCGACUGCCUGGCACUUAUCCUCUCCACCAUGAAGCCUUUCCCCCCCAAGGACGCCAUCGGCUCCUUCAGCUUCAACCUCCUCAAGAACUGCGGCAUCGCGGCCAAGGCGGCGGCGGCGGCGUGCGGGGCCCUCCCCAACGGCUCCUCCUGCCCCUACUCCAAGGAGCGCCACAACGCCCUCGGCCUGGACGGCUGCUACUCGGAGUAG